GGAACGUGCUGAUGAUUCUUAAUGCCACUAAGAAUUGGACAUUCGUCGUUCUUUUUUUCUUUGGUGAAAAAAUUGUUCGGAUAGGACACUUGGUCUAAUUGAACCGCGGGCAAACUAAGGACAAUUUUAUGCAUAUAUAUGAUGAUUAUGUAUGAUAAUAUUUAUAGUUUGAACAUUUGAAAUAGCAACUGCGAUCCUAUUAGUUACAAGCUCUAGAGGAAAUGCCAUCAGUUGAAUGUCUGUGGUGUGGUAGGCUUGUAUGUCCCUCCUGUCUAGCUAGUUUCAACAUGGAAGAAGUGUAUGUAUUAUCAUAAACCCCAUUUUUGGCAAUUUUCUUUUAAACAGGAUGAUAGAAGAAAAGCGAGGGGUCACUGUAAGUGAUUCUGGAAUUCCAGAAGCGAAGACAUUACCUUUUGCUAAUGGGAGUCAGUCUCAAGCAUCAAGCAAAUCAACUGGCACAGUUGCUUCUGCAGUAAAAAAGAGCCCGUCUUGGGAUGAAGACUGGGGUCCUGUCACCAAAGGUUCUACUACCGUGCCUAUUCCCUCUGUUUCAAGCAACCCAUCUCCUGCUCCUACUACUAUGACAUCUUCGGGCAACCAGCAGCAGCCACUGCAAUCAUUGUCUUCCAUGGCUAGUCAACAACCAGCUGUGUCAUGCACUCCAGUCGACAUAGAGUGGCCUCCGCGGUCAUCAUCUUCUGGUGUAAAUCCGCAGCAAAGUGAUGGCUGGGGACAAUCGAGUACGGUGACGUCAUCAUCCACGCCAGCUGUUGACGAUACCGAUCCUUUUGCCGAUUGGCCUCCGAGGCCUAGCAGCAGUACCACCAGUACCUCCAACACUUUGAACAACGGUAGAGUUGGCUCACUUACUCCAAAUUACGGCUCUAGCUUGGGAACCACCACUUCCAACAGUAGCACUCAGAGCAAUGGAAGCAACAGCUGGGCGUUCAACAACCAGAAUUCGCUUCCCAUGGGACGAGGAGCUGUGAACAGUGGUGGAGGCAGUGGGAUGAAUCGCAACCACUCCCUCGGGUCCUUGAAAAGCAGCCAGGGAGGAAGCAUGGUUUCGUCUAGUAAUCAAAAGAGGUUGUCCGGAGAUCUGGAAUCCAUAUUUGGUUCCGUGAGGAACAACGAUAAUGGAGCUUUAGCUCCUAGGCUUGCUCCGCCUCCUUUGACUGCUGUGGGCAGAGGGAGAGGAAGAGGAACAGCGGCAGGUGGCUCGACUAUGAAGUCUUCUUCUCAUGCCAACAAACCUCAGCCUGGACAGCCACCUCUCUUGGAUUUGCUAUAAAAUCGAACCAUAUGACGAGGUAGGUACAGGAAGAAUGGUCUUCAGUCGUAUGCAACGUUGCAAUCUGAACCAGUUUCAUUGUUAAUCGUCAUCUUGGCUCGAGACUGCUCUAGCUGGCCCGGUGUCUCGAUAUAUAUAAAUAUGUAUGGGUUCAGGGGAGGUUUUGGGCUGAAGGUGAUGGUUUGCUUCCCAUCAAAUGUUUGUGGGUUAAUUUUUUUGGGAAAAAAUCCCAAAUUAUACAUGUUUUUAAAAAAAAUUCUCAAAAUACACAAGUUAUGAAAAUAAUUCCCAAUCUACGUUAGUUUGGGCCAUCACCGCUUUCGACGAAGACAGUGAUUGAAUCACUGUUGUCAACGAAGACAGUGAUUGCAUCACCGCUGUCGACGAAGACAGUGAUUGCAUCACCGCUGUCGACGAAGACAGUGAUUGCAUCACUGCAGUACACGGCCGCGGUGAAGGCCUGACCUGCGUCGAAACUUUAAACAAACGUAACUUUGUGCUCGGUUAUCCGAUCGUAGCGAAAUUUUUUUUGAUUCCGCAUAAUUUUUUGAGAUCUUGCAAGCCGCAAAUUGCCGUAGGCGGUUUGGUCCCGCCUUCGUCUCGAAAAUAUGUCGUUUGCUACACCGAAUGAGCCUUUUUUCGAUUUCGUCAAACUUUGAACGACCAUAACUUUGUGCUCCACAAUCCGAAAAUCAUGAAUUUUUUUUUUAUUUCGCAUAACUUUUUAAGGACUACAAUUUUUAGUAGGAGAGAAAUCAAAAAAUUGUAGUCCUUAAAAAGUUAUGCGAAAUCAAAAAAAAAUUCAUGAUUUUCGGAUUGUGGAGCACAAAGUUAUGGUCGUUCAAAGUUUGACGAAAUCGAAAAAAGGCUCAUUCGGUGUAGCAAACGACAUAUUUUCGAGACGAAGGCGGGACCAAACCGCCUACGGCAAUUUGCGGCUUGCAAGAUCUCAAAAAAUUAUGCGGAAUCAAAAAAAAUUUCGCUACGAUCGGAUAACCGAGCACAAAGUUACGUUUGUUUAAAGUUUCGACGCAGGUCAGGCCUUCACCGCGGCCGUGUACUGCAGUGAUGCAAUCACUGUCUUCGUCGACAGCGGUGAUGCAAUCACUGUCUUCGUUGACAACAGUGAUGCAAUCACUGUCUUCGUCGAAAGCGGUGAUGGCCCAAACUAACGUAGAUUGGGAAUUAUUUUCAUAACUUGUGUAUUUUGAGAAUUUUUUUUAAAAACAUGUAUAAUUUGGGAUUUUUUCCAUUUUUUUGGCUUGUAUUCAUUCAGCUUAUUGUGAUGAAAUAAGUAGAGGAAGGAAAAAAAUAUGUACCCCAUUCUUGUAAUUUCAUUUUGUACAUCUUACUGAAAGGUUUGUUCCACACUUCCACUUAUCGUUUUUAGGACAAUUUUUUUCUGACCAAGUAUAGUAACCAACCAGUUAUUGUGCACACAUGCAACCUCGUUUAUGAGAAUGCGCUCACACAUACAUAGCCGUUGGAUCGUGCUUUGGAUGUUUCACGAGCAUUGUUAAGUGGGUGUGGCAUCAGUUUUGUGAAUAAAAUGUUGUUGUAUCAAUUCAACUAUCGUAAAAAUGCCUUCCGUGCAAUCCGACAACUAAUACAUCCUCUUACAAAUGUCAUAACUAAAUGAGAGAGGCGGCUUGCAUUGCAUGGAUGAGAAGUGGAAAGUUAUUAUAGACGAAUUAAGUUGGGAAGAGACGGAUUAAUUUAGUAUAUUGUCACUGUGAUUUGGCCUGACUAAAGUUAUCGAACCUAGGUUUACUGAUUGUUAUUACUUCCUCAUUGUUUAAUUUUGGGGGAUGCAGGAGGCUUGAUGUACAAGCUACCUCAAAACAACCUCACCUUCCUCCGGUUCGUCACCAACAUUCUCUGUUCAGGGUUUCGCUCAAUAGAUUAGUUGCCAAACAGAGUGUUAGUAUUUGAUGUUACGUCAAUUGUGUGGUGAAGCCACAACCAUGAUACUUGAAUAUAUGUAUUUUGCUCUUUACCUUACCAUCUUUGAGGAAAGGAUUUAUGGUUUUUUACUACCGAAUCCAUCCCAAUUCUCAAGAAUCCUAUAUCUUUGUACAAUCAAGUUUGUGUGUUGUGAAGUCAUGGUAAAGCAAAAUUAUUAGGGAUGCUUUAGACAUUUUUAUUUUGUGUAUGAGCCACGGUUGUUGAUAUUAAUUAUAUGUCCACGUAGGGUGAAAAGCAGUAGCUCCCAUUUUAGGUGAUAUUUAUUGCAAAGUAGGUAGGAAAAUCAUUAUUAUUAUUGUGUACCUUUAUCAUAGUACGUACCAUUAUUUAUUGUCUUUGUACCUACCCUUGUUAACUUGUUCUACCACUCACCACUCGUUGCACCUAAUCCUCGGCUCUCUCCACUUCCUGAUCUUACCUCGACGAGUACCCAACUCUCAUUACUUCCCACCCAACCGCCGUCCCCCACGUGGAAGGCCUCCCUCGCGGAGCCGAGACGACGGCGGACGUCCCGGCUGCUUAUUACUGCUUAAUCGGUGAAAGUAGUGAUGAAGUUUGGCGUGGUUUCAGCUUGGCGUGGUUUCCUUCCUUCAGAGCUGAGAGCUGUGUGUACGUUGCAUGGUCCUAUCCUAACCUAACCUAACCUGUUUGAUAUCAAAUUGAGCAGCCUUGUCGAUCGGUGGUCAUGCUUGCAAUGCCAUAAAUUGGAGGUAUGGAUGGUGGAUUGGUGGUCCAGUCUAAUAACUAACGACGCACUCAUCACCACUCAUCGCACCUAACUCCCUUCCCUUCCCUUUGUUGGGAAAAACAACAGGAACGAGGAUGUUUGUACGAAAGUUCGAAAUCGGGUGACUAGGAUUAUGAUAGAGUCCUAAAUUACCUUCACUUUUCGUAAAUAAUAUUAUUUCUACCCUCAUAGUAAGUAUUUUUGUUUUGCCUAUUUGAAUUUUGGCUACAAAUUGUUCGAACCUGUAAAGCGGUGGGUUGAUGUUCUUAUUUUCAUACUAGUAUUUUUUUUUUUUUAAUAAAAGCGAGAUUAUAAC